AUGGAGGAGCCUCACGACGUUGUCGAGCAACUUCGGCGUAAUGCGCAGCUUGCUCGAGACAUCUCGCAGUCGCGCGCUCUCGUUUCCAUUCCUGGCGUCUCGGGCGUCUCUGCCGUCCGCGACACCUUCGACAAGACAACAACUUCAACAGCUCGGCUCAGCAUGAUGACGUCAGACACGCGAGAUCGCACCGAGAUGUCACCAAAUGCAGCGUCAGCCAGUGUGAUCUCCCAGCUAGAUGGCGCUGGGGAUGAGGGCAGUGGCGAAUAUCAAGGAGAUGGGCCGAGAGACAUGAAUCGUGAUGACAAGGACCCAGCAGACUUUGGCGUGGACGAGAUUGAGCGGUGUGAGGGACUCCUGCUCGAAAUCUCCGCCACUUUGAGGACCGCUAGUCACUCUCCAAAGAAAAAGAUACGUAUCGCGAAGGAGAAGCUCAAGUUUGUCUGCAGAUGCGCCGAUGACUCAAUCAUCAUCUCAUACCUGAGUUCCGCCUUGCUAGUCACGUUGGAGAUGAUGAGCGAGAGACACCCUUUCUUCGACACGAGCACCGACCUUCGAUUGCAGCAUGUAGGUCGGCGACGAUCGGCGGAAAAGAUCAUAACGGACUUCAUCAUCCAGGUGUAUCAACUCUGGGACUGGAUCAAUGGAGAAGAUGCUGAGCCGUCGCAUCUCCAUUUCCUUUUCCCUGCCACAAUGAAGCGAGAUCCCUUCAUGGGAUAUUAUGCCAUGGACGACAACACCACCGAGUUUCCUCCAAUGUCACCAUGCGAUCCUUUACAUCUGUUCUUUGUCCAGCGUCGCAUCGAAUUGGCAAAGGAAGUAGAUGCUCAACAAACAGCCGCUCCACAUGACCUGGAUCUCACACACGUUUUCGGGCCGAUGUACGGUGACCCCACCGUCGCGUACAACCAAAUCGAUACAUACCACCGACAGCUAUCGUCCUACUCCACUCUGGACCGAUCCGGCCUCAAAGCAGGCACUUUCCUCACCUGCACUUGCCCAUCUUUUUGCCUAUUACAGGGAAAAGUCUCUCGUUUGUUAAAACAAGCAGUUGCCAUGCGAGAGAAAGGAUAUUCAUGUACAGAUGAAGAAUUUGGGGCGCGCGGAUCCCCGCCCUCGUGCAGCUUCUCGACAGCAUGCUAG